AUGCCAGCAUUUUGGUUUAAAUUGAAGAGAUCACUGCAAUGCAGACCAAAGCCAUCAGAUGUUCAUGAUCCAAGGGGCAAUGUCAAUCAGUUGACAAGAGAACAAUAUGUUUAUUAUCCAAAGGGCAAUUGCAAUGGCAAUCAGUUGACAAGAGAACCACCAGAUGUUCAUUAUCCAAAGGGCAAUGGCAAUGGCAAUCAGUUGACAAGAGAACCACCAGAUGUUCAUUAUCCAAAGGGCAAUGGCAAUGGCAAUGGCAAUCAGUUGACAAGAGAACCAAGCAGGUCUGGGUGUUCGAUGACCAUUUCGGAUCUCAAGGAUGUCAUCCAUGGAGGAAGUAAGAGGCACAGUAUGGAAAAACAACCAAGUUGUAGUCCAAGGUCUAUUAGGAGCUGUGAGUUUUUAAACCCAAUAACCCAUGAAGUAGUCCUCAGUGAUUCAACUUUUGAAAUUGAACUUGAGAGUACUACUGGGAAUAAGGGUACCAGUGGUGGUUCAACCAUUGGGGGUACCUUUAAGCCUGGGACACCUGGCCGUAGGCGGCGCCCUAUAGCGCCCCAUAAAAAACCCAGAGGGACAUCCGUCUCUCUGAUAAAGGCACCAAACAGGAGGGGAGGCUCUGGAUAUGGGAAUACCACCCCUGAAAACCCUGAGGCACUUUUUGGGACAGAUUAUCGUAGUUACUCAAUUUUCACUUGCCAUGAAUGUGGUCAAGAAUUUGCAACAAUGGAAGCUGUUGAAGCACAUCGUCUCUCCACACAUGCUGUCACUGAAAUUGUUGAAGGAGAUCCAUCUCGGAGGAUUGUAGAGAUGAUUUUUCGAAAGGGUUGGCCAGAAUCUGACAACAAUUAUGGGCAUAUAGACAAGAUUUUAAAGGUCCACAACAUGCAAGAAACAGUAGAUCAGUUUGAAGAACAUAGAGAAAUGGUGAAGAUGAAAGCAAGCAAGCAGUCGAAGAAAAAUCAGCGUUGCCUGGCCGAUGGGAAUGAGCUCUUAAGGUUCUACGGCACAUAUGUUGAAUGCUCCUUUGAAUCAAAUGGCUCGUAUAGCCUAUGUGCAUCACAUGAAUGUUGUUUAUGUCGAAUUUUAAGACAUGGUUUCUCCAUAAAAAAGGAAGUACUCACAGGUGUUUUCACUACUUCCACAAGUAUAAGAGCACUGGAAUCUAUCAGACUAUAUGAUGAUAGUCGUCCAUCUUUAAGGAGUGCUUUGAUAAUAUGCAGAGUAAUUGCUGGUAGAGUCCAUGGACAUAUGGAGAAUUUUCAAGAAUUAGCUGGGUAUACAGGGUUCGAUUCUAUUGCUGGAAAAGUAGGCCUCGAACCAAAUGUUGAAGAACUCUAUUCAUUGAACCCGAGAGCUCUCCUUCCUCGCUUUGUGGUGCUUUGGAAACCCUGA